AAGAAAAAUAUAUCACUAAUGAAGUGUGUUUUACUGAUACGUAAUUUUUGAUGUCGUUAUGUAUAUAAAUUAUAAUUUGUUUUUUCUAGAUUGAGAUAGCUUCUCAUCACUUUCUCAUGAUAGUUAGAUAACAUAAGAAUAUGGGUUAUCAAUUGCAGAGAAAAAUAACAGGGGGAAUAACGUGGAAAGGAUGUGAUUGGACAACUGCGGAGGAGAAUAUGAGUAAUAAUGAUUGUAUUAUGGCUAAUACAUUGCAGUCGAAAUGUAUUUACAUAAGAGAAACUAUUAUGGCGUUUAUGGAUGUCAAAAGAUUAUGUAUCAAGGAAAUGGAAAACAGACUAAAAAAACGGGUUAAUAUUGGAUGCAACGUAACUAAUGGCAAAUCAACCAGUCCUCUUAUUCUCGUUUCAUAUGAAGUUCUUGAACGAGGUUUUUUUAAGGAAAUUCAUAUGCGGAAGAUUUUCAAUUCACAUAGAGUUUUCGAAGAAAUCAAGAAAAAAAAUGAUGAUACCAUUUCUGGUAUUGAGGCCGAUGACUUAAAGCUAUGGAAAGUAGAAAUCGACAAUGAUGAAGGAAGAGAAUUUUCAAGUCUUAGUCUGGCAAACAAAAAUGCAAAGAAGCUUGAAGUAACCAAACUUAUUAGUGAGUACUGGGAGGAACAACCUGAGAGAGAACGCACUCACGUUAUUGUCGAUUCGCCAUUAUUGAUCAAAAAUUGGGAGAAUCGACAGUUGAUCGAACAAAUGGAAAAUUUGAGUCUUAAUAACGGAAGUGUUAUCAAAAUAGGAGAUGAGUUAAGAAUAAACAGAUCUUAUUCAAGUAUUGUAGAUGGUAAAAAAGAUUCGGUGCCGGUUUAUAUUGGAUGCAAAAUAACUGAAAUCAUUGAUGGUAAAUUAACCGUGGUUCUCAUUGUUUAUGAUGAGGAACAAAAAGUAAUUUUUUCCUUAAAUACGCUGGAAGAAUGGUUGUUUGUUAAAUUCGGUCUAGAUAAGGAGUAUAGACCUAAGGAUUAUCAUGAUUGUAACGAGAAAAUCAAGAUUAAACGUGAAGGGGAAUGGAUCGGGAGUUAGUAUUAGGAAAACUUAUAAGAAAAUAAAAGAUA